AAAGAGAUUCUAGGACGAGGUAAUCUAAAGCCUGAAGCAAAGGCAAUGGUGGAUGCAAAUUUGACUUGGUAACGAGCUUCGCCUAAGCCAACAUGAGUGAAUCGGUGAAGGUUGCUGUACGUGUUCGACCAUUCAAUGGAAGAGAAAAGGACAGAAAUUCAAAAUGUGUCAUCGAAAUGAUUGGGGCAAUGACCCAAAUUACAGAUCCAGAAAAUCCAAGUCAACCACCAAAAGAAUUUUCAUUUGAUUUUUCUUAUUGGUCUCAUGAUGAAUUUCACACUGACGAUGCAGGAAAUUUUGUUGCUGACACACCGAAGUACGCUGAUCAGAGAAAAGUAUUUGAUGAUCUAGGUCAGGGUGUGCUUAAUAAUGCAGUUAAAGGUUUUAAUUGCUCCUUAUUUGCAUAUGGUCAAACUGGUGCUGGUAAAAGUUAUUCUAUGGUAGGAUAUGGACCAAAUAAGGGAAUUGUGCCUAUUACAUGUGAUGAAUUGUUCAAAAUGAUUGAAGCUAGCACUACUGAAACGAAAUACCAAGUCACAUUUAGCAUGUUGGAAAUUUACAAUGAACAAGUUCGAGAUUUACUUACUAAAGACAAUCCUAAAGGGGGUUUACAGGUGCGCCAAAACCCGAAAAUAGGAGCCUUUUAUGUUCAAGGUUUAAAAUUUGUUGCUGUUGGCAGUUACAAAGAAAUUGAAGCGAGAACAGAGGAAGGCACUGCUAACAGAACUGUAGCUUCAACACAAAUGAAUGCUACAAGCUCAAGAGCUCAUACUGUUGUCACUAUUCAGUUUGAUCAAAUUGAAAAGAAUCCCGCAGGUCAAGAAACAAAGAAAACAAGUGUUAUAAACUUGGUUGAUUUGGCUGGAUCUGAGCGUGCUGAUUCCACUGGUGCUACUGGUGAUCGUUUAAAGGAAGGUGCAAAUAUCAAUAAAUCGCUAUCUGCUCUUGGAAAUGUCAUAUCCGCCCUUGCUGAUUUAUCAAUGGGAAAGAAGAAAGUUAUGGUUCCCUAUCGUGAUUCUGUUUUGACCAAACUUCUACAGAAUGCUCUUGGUGGAAACAGUAAAACUAUUAUGAUUGCUGCCUUGUCGCCUGCAGAUAUUAAUUAUGAUGAGACACUAGGUACACUUAGAUAUGCAGAUCGAGCAAAGAAAAUCAAAAACAAAGCGGUUGUUAAUGAAAAUCCUAUGGAUAAACUUAUUCGUGAAUUGAGAGAAGAGAAUGAAAAAUUAAAAAAAGCCAUGCAAAGUGGAGAUUUGAGUGCACUUAUGGCUCAAACUGGUGACGAAGGAGGUGGUGGCGGUGGUGGUGGUGCAAUGUCUGAGGAAGAAAAGAUUGCAAUGAGAAAACAGAUGGAAGAAGAAAUCCGUGCUCAGUUGCAAGCAAAUUCAGAUGCUAUGAUGAAUUGGGAUGAUAAGCUGAAAGUUGCCAGAAGUGAGAUUGUUGAAGUUGAUAAAAAAGAACAACAAGCGAAAACAACACCUCACUUGGUCAAUUUGAAUGAAGAUCCUAUGUUGUCAUGUGUCAUCAAACAUUUUUUAAAAGGAGGUAUGACAAGAAUUGGAAGAAAAGAUUCUAGCCCAGAUAUUCCAAUGACUGGUUUAAGUGUGAGCAGCGAACAUGCCAUCCUCACCUUCAAAGAUAAGGAAGUAACCAUCAAACCAGCCAGUCCUGGUGCUAAAACGAAAGUGAAUGGAAUUCCUAUCACAGGCGAGCAAGGAUUAAAGCACCACGAUCGUGUUCUGUUUGGAUCCAAUCACAUGUACUUUUUUGUAAAUCCACUGAAUACUGAAAUGGGAGAGGGUGCACCAGAGUCAGUAGAUUGGGAAUUUGCAAACAAAGAAAUCGCUCAAGCCAAGGGAUUUUCGACUGGCGGUGGUGCUGGAUUAACAAAAGAUCAAGCUCUUGCGCAAGAACAAGUGUUAGAGUUGCUACCUAUGGUUAGUGAAGUGAAUGCAAUGAGUGAAGAAUUAGACAAGAAAAUGUCUUUCGAGGUGAUUUUAAUCUCAGCUGCUGCGCAAGGUGGUGGUGCUGACAAGGGAACCAAGGUGAGUGUGAAGAUGAAGAACUUGUUGAACGAUAACGUUUGGUUGUGGGAUCGUGGUAAAUUUACAAACAGACGGUACUUGAUGCAGGAUAUCUAUCAACGGUUUUUGGAUGGUGAAGAUGUAAAAAAAAUCAAGAAAGAUGACGAUCCAUUCUGGGAACCUCCCGAAGAUGUUCUAAUCGGCACCGCUAAUGUGUUUUUGCAAAGUUUGUCGUAUGCUUUAGAUUUUGAUGAUAAGCUAGCUGUGACAGAUUACAAGGGUUCGGAAGAAGGUAGUCUGGUCAUCAAUGUUGCACCCUGUACACAGCAAGGUAAACCUUUGGAUGAAGACUAUUUUGUGGAAGAACCGAAGGAUCUUAUUGGCAAACCUUACCACUUUAAGGUGACGAUUCGCAAUGCUGAGGUUCAAAAGAGCAGAUACAGCCACGGACUGUAUGUGAAAUUCAAAAGCUACGGUGAAACAAAGGAAGCAGAAACGCCUGUAAAAGCCAACACUUUAUCGCCUGAGUUUAAUUUCUCAAAAAUAUUUUCCAUACCAGCUAUUGGUGAGGACCAUCUACAAUGGUUUGAGUUUGGUAAUUUGUCCUUCAACUUGUAUGGCAAACAGAACGAUAAAGUCACUGAUCAACGUUUAGCAAAAAUGACAACGAAGGAACUUCGUCAGAAGGAGCAGAUUCAAAACAAUAAGUUAGCAGCCAAGCAAGCUACGUUUCGCGAUAAAAGUUUCGGUGAAAUUGGCCAGUUGAAAUCUGAAGUGAUUUUAUACAAACGUCGAUACGAACGAAUGUUGCAGAAGGAGAAACGAAUACAGAACUUGGUGGAAGAGUGGGGUAAGAAACCCGAGAAGGACUUCGAUGCUUUCCAUCGAGCAAUUCAUGCUGCUGCGUUUUACGAGAGAGGACGAUUGAAGUACAAAGUAAAUCUUCUACAAUCAUACCUAAAAAAUCAGCCGGACGCGACGAAGAACGGGGGUAAGAUUAAAACGGACGAUGUGAAAGUUCCAAGUGGAAGUAAAGCGUGUAGUGUCAUGUGAUCCAAUCGAUCUUGAAGAAGAGUUGUAUGGGCCUGUAUAUAUUUUUGUACGAAAGACAAAAGUUGUUCUUUAAAAAAGGUAAAAGGGUCAAGUUGCGUAGUAAAAUUAAUAAAAAGAAAAAAGAAUAAAUCUACCAGAUUAAUUAUCAUGUUUGUUGGUCAGGCUUUUUGAAAGAAUGUAUUUUAUGACGUUCCGUUAGAAAAAAUGAUCCCUGGAAACGAGGUUGAUUUCUCAUAAAGAGUGACUAUCUGUUACUUAGCUCAGUGUUUUCAUGUAAGUUGCACAUAGAAUCAUAAGAAAAUUGUUGAAUUAUUUUUUCACUUCAUAUGUAUUUUUAAAAGGAUGAUUUUUUAAAAAAGGUUAUAAAAUUUGUAGCACUGAAAGUGUGGAGAAGUAAUAUAUUGUUUCGUUUCCAAUCUUCUCUUCAUUUAAGUUUAACUUAUUUGGUGAAAAGAGGUAUGGAAAUGGAAAUGAUUUUUGUAAUUUAUUUAUAUACUUAUAUGAUUUUUACAGUGAUUUUAUACCAGAUGAUUUGCAAGGAUCUUGAUUGAUAGAUUACUCAUUUCGUGUUUUUUCUGACAAGGAACAAAAACAAGUCCACAGUGCUCUUUUUUGUGUCAUUCUGAUGAAAAACCAAAAAGCAUUGGGAACAAGGUUGUAAUGAUAACAUAUUCUUCUGCUUAACUAUGUUUUUAAGGUCGACAUCUUGACAGGAUUAAUAUUCGGUUGGUUUUUCAGUAUACUAAAUAUUUGUAAAAGUACCUGCUAAAGGAGAUUCCUUCGGUGUGACGAACUUUCUAUGUAUUGUCAUUUUCA